AUUCACAACAGCAGACGGCAAAAACGAGCUAUUCGCGCGUAGUUGGACGCGUGAACAUUUUGAGUUUACUCGAUUUAUUUGCGCGUGAAAUUCUAGUCAUUCGAGACAUUCACGCGGUAAUUCGCGUCACGGAAGGGUCUUUUGCCAGCCAUCAGAUCCAAGCAUUGACCCGAACUGCCCCUGGAUGACGGCCGCCUGCAGCGCUGCUUCUGGCCGGCCUCAGUUAAAUGACCGUGUCGGUGGGAGGAUUUCCUUCGAGGACUCAGGAGCGCCUGUCGGUCUACGGCCAUGAAUUUUGGAGACCUUAUUGCAUACAGUCGUGGUGUGUACAAACACUAUGCAGUGUACACUGGGAAGAAUGAAAAGGGACAAGAUACGGUUGUCGAGUUUACAGGUGAAAGUGGACUACACAGUAAAGCAGGAGCCACUGUGCAGCAAGGUCUGCUCAAGCCUAAUGGAAAAGUCGUAAAUUAUGAUGAGAUUAUGGGAUUAAAACCACAACCUGUAGAUAAAAUGGAAAAAGCUGUUCAACAGCUUUUGAAGGAUGGGGGAGGAAAAUAUGGAGUACUCGACAACAACUGUGAGCACCUGGCCACAUUUGUUCGCUACGGGAAACCCAUGUCAUUACAGGCAGAAGCCGUCCUUAAUACCCAACCAAGCUUUAACAACCAAAUGGCAGAAAACAUGGGUGCAUCUUUCCUUCCUUCGAUCUAUAAGAAGACUUAAAUAAUUUCUUCAAUCUGCAUGCCCCCUCCACUACACUCACAUGCUAUUUUUUUUUCAAACAAUAGUUGAUUUGUCUUUGUUUGAUCUUAUCUUUUCAUAUAACACAAUACACUGAGACGAUUGAUGUGUCAACUCUUUUUCUGUUUGCUGGGAACUCAUUCUUCUUUUAUGUAUCAACACCAGUAUUGCCAACCAUUUUCAAUGGAAAGUAGCUAAGGCUUGCUUGGAAAGUCGCUAAAUGUCGCUAGAUUACACCAUUGCGUCAUUAGCAUAAUAGUGACGUGUUCACGUUGCAUUUGCAUUCUUACUACAUUGGCUGUUUUCAAAUGAUUAAAAAAUAAAACAUUGCUAUUUUCACA